GAAAUCGUGUGUCGAGUGAGCGGAUGGACGUGAGCGCGCACGCACACAACGUGACCGCCGCGUGGUGGAUACCUGUUGCAUCGAUCAGUGAAUACAGUCGACGCCGAACAGUUCGCGAUCGCGGAUCUAAGGGAGUUCCCGAAAUUUUGUCAAGUGAAUAAGACUGUCAGUUUGACAGCGGCCUCGCCGGAUUAAGAGCGCGCUCGCGGUUUUCAAGAAUCUUAAUUGAAGAGCUCUUCUUGGUACCGUAUUUCGAAUACGGUAAGCAUCAGAGUUAUCGACACAAAGGACAUCAAUUCCGGGAAUUUGAAAGCCGAAGAAAUCGACUGUUGAUCGAGGAGCGGCUGAAGGGACAUUAAAAUUAGAAUCAAAUCGUUAACAAUCUUCAAAUAGCAAGAAUGUCAACAUCACUGAAAUUAGCAGACGAUCAGCGAUUUGCACUAAUGAAAUUCAGGCGAUCCGUGCAAGAUGUCUUGCAACCACAUCACGAUGAUCAUUUUCUGGUUCGUUGGUUGAGAGCGAGAAAAUGGGAUCCUACCGCGGCGGAAAAGAUGUUGAGAGAUUCUUUAGAUUGGCGGAAACAAUGGGAUGCUGAUAAUUUAUCUGAAUGGGAUUUUCCUCCAAUGGUAAAGUCUUACUUCCCUUAUGGAUUAAGCGGAUUCGAUAAAGAUGGUGCCCCAGUCAUCAUCGUACCGUUUGCCGGAAUGGAUAUAUACGGAAUGUUACACGUGAUAACCCCGCAGGAAUAUGUCAAAGUUACGAUAAAAAUCUUGGAUCAUUACUUGAAACUAGCCAGAGAACAAUCCAAGAAGCACGGACAGGUUGCAAAUCAACUAACUGUCAUUUUCGAUAUGGACGGAUUUAAUCUUAAGCAAUAUUUAUGGAGACCAGCUGGCGAAUUGGUCCUAACACUUAUUCAAAUGUACGAAGCGAAUUAUCCCGAAAUUCUAAAAACAUGCUUUAUCAUCAACGCUCCAAGAGUUUUCGCUUUUGCAUUUUCCAUUACCAAGAAGUUUAUGAAUGAAUAUACAUUAUCGAAAAUACAAAUUUACAAAGCCGACCCGUCCAAAUGGCAAGCGGUGAUACUGAAGGUCAUUCCAAAGGACCAGUUACCCGCUCAUUUCGGUGGAACAUUAUGUGACCCAGACGGCAAUCCGAGAUUAACUUCGAAGAUUUGUCAAGGUGGUAAGAUACCUAAAGAAAUGUAUACCAACAAUAUGGAUAAAUCAAACGACGAUUAUACUACCGUUACCGUUCGAAAAGGUAAAAAGCUAGAAUUCGAUAUCUCCACACUCGAAAAAGGCUCCAUUUUAAGCUGGGAAUUCCGAAGCGAAGGUCACGACAUUAAGUUUGGGAUUUUAAAGAAGGACACCGCAAAUGGUACGCAGACAGAAGUUAUACCUAUUCGAAGAGUCGCAUCCCAUCAAUCGGACGAAAUAGGGAUAUUGACCUGCGAAGAUCCGGCUAUCUAUUCCAUCGUCUUCGAUAAUACUUACAGCUUUUUGAGGAAUAAGAAAGUUCACUAUUCCGUACGUGUGUUACCACCGACGGAAGAUUUAAAGAAAAUGGCACCGAUUGCAUAGUUCCAAGCAGGUUUCAUAUUAAGAAAUUUAAAAUUAUAGUUAUACUUGUAGUUUUAUAGGACACAGUGUUUCGAAUAGAUUAGGCUAAAUAAGAUUUCGCGAACGAAUAUUAAUAUUAUAGGUUUCGCGAUAUAAAUCCAAAAAAAAUUGAAGGUAUAAACCUCUUUUAUAAUUUAUAGAUUUAAAACCACAGUUAUGUAAUCCAUUAAUAUCUUAAUUCGUCGUUAUUUAAAAAAUUAAAUUGAUCUUUAUUGCAAUAGUAAUUAAAAUAUGUAAAUGCACACAUAAAGCAUAAUAAUUUAAUAUUCGUUUCUUUAAAGCUGGAUAAUGGAAAAAUAUAUGGGAUAUAAGAGUGUAAUGUUUGCAUAGAAUAUUUAUAAUUCACGUGAUAUGUACAAUAUACUUUUUAUAUAAAAU